UGUUCAUACUAAUUAAUAUGGCUUCUUCGUUUUUCUUUAUCAUUGUUGCUGUUGCAAUAGGCUUCUUCAUCCUUUUGAGAAAACUCAGAUUCCAUCAAGACAACCAAGAAAAUAACUCAUCUUCUUCAUCUCCUUCAUCAUCAUCUACAUCUUCUUUGUCUCCUUCAUCUGUUCCUUCUUCACCUUCUUUGUAUAGCACCUGGACGCACCAAGUCUUUCCCAGCUUCCGCGGGGAAGAUGUCCGUAGAGACUUUCUCAGUCACAUUCAGAUGGAAUUUCAAAGAAUGGGAAUCACUCCGUUCGCUGAUAAUGAGAUCAAAAGAGGGGAAUCCAUUGGUCCUGAGCUUAUUCGGGCUAUUAGAGGGUCUAAGAUCGCUAUUAUCUUGCUCUCUAGAAACUACGCUUCUUCAAAAUGGUGUCUUGACGAGCUUGUGGAGACUAUGAAGUGCAGAGAAGAGUUAGGUCAAACUGUGAUGGCCGUUUUUCAUAAAGUAGAUCCAUCUGAUGUCAAAAAGCUGACCGGAGAUUUUGGGAAAGUCUUUAGAAAAACUUGUGCCGGUAAAUCAAAGCAGGACAUUGGAAGAUGGAGACAAGCUUUGGCAGAAGUGGGCACAAUCGCCGGUUAUCAUUCAAGCAACUGGGAUAAUGAAGCAGUCAUGAUCAAGGAAAUUGCCACUGAUAUUUCGAACAUAUUGAUUAAUUCCACACCAUCAAGAGAUUUCGACGGGUUCGUUGGAAUGAGAGCUCAUUUGGAAAAGAUUGAACCAUUGUUAUGCCUACAGUCAGAUGAAGUGAGGAUGAUUGGGAUUUGGGGUCCUCCUGGGAUUGGGAAGACCACAAUUGCCAGAGUUGUAUACAACCAACUUUCCAACAGUUACCCGCUGAGUGUCUUUAUGGAGAACAUCAAAGCAACCUAUUCAAGACCAACCGGCUCCGAUGACUACAACGCAAAGUUGCAAUUACAACAACAGUUUAUGUCUCAAAUAACCAACCAUAUGGAUAUCAAGAUUCCUCAUUUAGGAGUUGCCCAGGAUAGGUUGAAAGACAAGAAAGUUCUUGUCGUUCUUGAUGGCGUAGACAAGUCUGUUCAACUUGAUGCUAUGGCGAAAGAAACUUGGUGGUUUGGUCCUGGGAGUCGUAUUAUCAUUACAACACAAGAUCACAGACUUCUCAGAGCACAUGGGAUUAACCAUAUUUACAAGGUGGAUUUUCCAGCAACUGAAGAGGCUCUUCAAAUCUUCUGCAUGUAUGCUUUUGGUCAAAAGUUUCCUAAAACUGGUUUUGAGGAGCUUGCUAGGAAAGUUACAUACCUUGCUGGUAACCUCCCUUUGGGGCUAAGAGUUAUGGGAUCCUACUUUAAGGGAAUGUCAAAGGAAGAGUGGAAAAAGUCACUACCAAGAUUAGAAACUAGCCUUGACGCUGAUAUUCAGAGCAUUUUGAAGUUCAGCUAUGACGCUUUAGAUGACGAAGAUAAAGAUUUAUUUCUUCAUAUAGCAUGUUUUUUUAACUUUGAAGAGAUUAAGAUAGUGGAAGAGUGUCUUGCAAAGAAGUUUGUGGAAGUGAGGCAAAGGCUUGAUGUCUUGGCUGAGAAAUCUCUCAUAUCUAUCAACCAUGGUGGAUGUAUAAAGAUGCAUAGUUUGCUAGAAAAGCUAGGUAGAGAAAUGGUUCGUAAACAAUCUAUUCAAGGGCAGUUUUUGCACGAUAGAAGAGAGAUUUGUGAAGUACUGACAGGAGACGCAGAAGGUAGUAAAAGUGUCGUAGGGAUAAAUUUUUACUUCCAGGGAACUGGAGAAGAAGUAGAUAUAAGUGAGAGAGCCUUUGAAGGAAUGUCUAACCUCCAAUUCUUGAGAUUUUCUUGUUGUCGUGAUACAUUUCAAUUAUCGCGAGGUCUGAACUAUUUUUCUCGUAGACUUCAAAUACUGCACUGGAGUCAUUUUCCUAUGACAUGUUUGUCUUUUAUUGUGAGUUUGAACUUCCUUGUUACACUAACCAUGGAUCACAGCAAGCUUGAGAAGUUGUGGGAAGGAAUUAAACCGCUUCCAAAUUUGAAAAAGAUGGAUUUGAGUUAUUCUGUAAACUUGAAGGAGAUUCCUGAUCUUUCAACAGCCACCAGUCUUGAAAGCUUAGAUCUUCGUAAUUGCUCAAGUCUGAUCAAACUCACCUCGUCUAUUGGGAAUGUCACUUAUCUUAAGAAUAUUUUUCUUCGUGGAUGCUCAAAUCUGUUGGAGCUUCCCACUUCUAUUGGAAACCUCAUUAAUCUUCGAUAUUUGACUCUUGAUGGAUGCUCAAAUCUGGUGGGACUCCCCUCCACUAUUGGGAAUGCCAUUAAUCUCCAAACAUUGUUUCUUGGUGGGUGCUCAAGUCUUGUAGAAUUGCCUUCUUCUAUAGGGAAUGCCAUUAAUCUUCAGGAUCUAUAUCUUCAUAAUUGCUCGAGUCUGAUCACACUCCCUUCCUCUAUUGGGAAUGUUGAUAAUCUUGAGAUUUUAUAUCUUUAUGGAUGCUCAAGUCUUGUGGAGCUCCCAUCCUCUAUUGGUUUUCUCAUUAAUCUCCAAAAACUGGAUCUUAGUGGAUGUUCAAGCCUGAUGGAGCUCCCCUCCUCUAUUGGGAAUGCCAUUAAUCUCCGAAAAGUGGACCUUAGUGAUUGCUCAGAUCUGGAGGAACUUCCUAUUUCUAUUGGAAACCUUCAGAAGUUGGAGAGGUUGAGAUUAGGAGGAUGCUCUAAGCUAGAGAGUCUUCCCACCAAUAUCAAUUUGGAGUCUUUGGUUGAACUUGAUCUUACUAAUUGCUGGCUGUUGAAAAAGUUUCCUGAGAUAUCCACAAACGUUCGUGUUCUCAGGCUCAUAGGAACCGGAAUAGAAGAAGUGCCUCCCUCUAUCAGGUCAUGGCCUCAUCUUAAUGAGUUGCAUAUGCCAUACUUUGAAGAUCUCAAGGACUUCCCUCAUGCUUUUGACAUCAUCGCGUCUCUGGGCUUGAUCGAUGCAAAUAUACAAGCGAUUCCUCCAUUGAUCAAGUGUUUAUCUCGUCUCCGUUUUCUUGUACUUACGGGAUGCAGAAAGCUGGUAUCGCUCCCACAGAUUCAAGAUUCUGUCUCUUUCAUAAACGCAGUAAACUGUGUCUCCCUGGAGAGACUAGAUUGCUCCUUUGACCAUCCAAUGAAACUUCUCAACUUUGGUAACUGCUUGAAACUGAAUAAAGAAGCAAGAGAACUCAUCAUCCAGACUAGGGGAGAAGCGUUGUUACCAGGUGGAGAAGUUCCCAGCUACUUCACUCACAGAGCUUCAAAUGGGGGUCCAUUAACAAUCAAGUUACGUGACAAGCCUAUUCCUACAUCCAUGAGAUUUAAGGCUUGCAUUUUCCUGGUUAAGGAAAGUGAAGAUGAGGCUAACGAUGAUGAGAUAAUGGUAGACCAUCUCCAUGUUACGUGGCUAACAAGUACGCAUUGGGUAUAUCCGGUUUUAACAGAGCAUCUGCACACAUUCGAGUUCGAAGAGAAGGUGACUUCCAGCGAGCUUGUCUUUGAGUUCAAGCUCGAAAACCGUAACGACUGGAAGAUAGGAAAAUGCGGGCUACGCCAACUCGUAGUGGAGGUCCCUUCUUAAUGUUGAUGAACAUGACGAGAGCUUGAAUGGUGUUCCUCUGAAUCAUGUAAAUUUAUAAAAAUUGAAUAAAG